UAUUGAUAACCAAUCAUAAAAAUUUAUCCUGAACAUCUUUCAUUGAUAUGAUUUAAUAAAUUGACGAAAAUAUUGUCAUUAUCAUAAUCAUCAUCAUCAUCAUUCAUCACAGAACUGAUUGAUGACAUUAUCACCAUGGAAUCACUAAGUUACUAGGAUACAUACAUUAUCAUAAGGGAAAAAAGAUUUUUUUUGGAUAAUAAUACUAUUUCUGAGAGUUUGUGGAUAAUUGAUAUAUAUCUUCAUUUUAUCAUUAUUGAUAAACAUGGAAUUCAUAAAUAACUCAUGUUUACUUUUGCUGAUCUUGUUCACUUUUCUGUUCUAUACUAAAAGUAAUUUUGUACUUCGUCCAACAAAUCAAAUUACUUAUGCUGGAUCUACAAUACAACAUGCAUGUAGUGUUAUGACUACACCAGUUUUUAUUGAAUGGUAUUUAAAUACUAAUAAAAUUGGAAGUUGCCUAUUUCAAACCAAUACAACUACAAAUACUUUUGGUGAUCCUAAAUUUCAAAUUAUUAUAGGACAGUAUACAGAGAAAUUAUUGCCAAUAUGUCAGCUUAUCGUCACGAAUAUUGAUUUUGUCGAUACUGGUGAAUACAAAUGUAAAACUAUUCAUCAUGAUUCUGAAAGUGAUACAGCUUCAGCUUAUAUUCUUGUUUCAUAUCCUAUACGAAAACUUGAAUUACACAUAGACAAUGAAACUUCUUUAUCAGUUGGUCAACGUACUUAUAUUGAAUGUCAAGCACGUGCUGGAAAACCUGCACCACAAAUUCGUUUGAAUUUAGGUGGACUGCCUAUAUCUGAAGCACGAGUUGUACAAAAAGUAGAUGUUGAAGGUUUAAUCACUUCAACUGCAACAGCCAACAUUAAAUUAACAAAUACGCAUCAUUGGCAAUUGUUAACUUGUCAUGUUGAUAUGCAAGCAUAUCGAAAUGUCAAUCAAACGUUCAAAGUAAUUCACCUUAGCGAUUAUGUACCAGCAGAACUGUAAAGAUGAAUCGAAGGUGGAGACACCAAACUAAGUAAAUGCAUUGCAAACGUUAUAAACAAUUUCAUGAAUACAUAUUUCUAUUUUAUAAAUCUCACCUUGUUGAUACUGGAUCAUUCAUACGUGAAAUUUCAAGCUUUAUUAUUUAUCUUUUAACUACCUUCAUUAUUAAUGAAUGUCAACUGAAAUAUGAUAGAAUUUAGAAUAAAUUUUCC